AUGGCUGGACGACGGAGAACCAGUUUCUCUGGUGUGAUCAUCACCACUCUGCUGGCUGUGAUGUUGCUGCCCGCAUUUUUGUCUGCUGGACCAAUUGUACAAAAGGCCAAAGAGGGAGAAAAUGUCCAGGAGAGGGCGGUGGCUGCAGAGUUACACAGGAGGCUGAUCCGCAACCGCAGGAACAUCAGCUGGUACAAACAGCACUCUGACUUCUGGGGCUGGUACAAAUUCUUCACUGACAAUGGCAACCAGGAAGCAGUGCAGGAGAUGGAUCGCAUCUACCUGGCCUACCUCCAGAACAAGAACCGUGCUGAGGGACGUCGCUCCUACAAAGCCUACUUGAGCCACCUGGGGGAUAUCUACAAGUCCUGCGCAGAUUCUGAUGACCCCAACUGCGUGUCAUCAUACACCAGCAGGCCCAAACCUAAACCUGAGCCACCCAAACCUGCACCAGUGAAAACCUGUGACCCAACCAAAGAUCCUUACUGCCUGUAUGCUGCUUUGCUCCAGGGCAAAAGCCCAUACCAGCCCCUGGUAAUCCCAGUUGCCACCCCCCCACCUGCACCAGUUAAGGGCCCAGCCCCUAUGUACGUACGUUCUGCUGCUCCAGCAAAGGAUCCAAAGUCAGGGUAUCACUACUACGCUCCAUCUUCAGCACCUUUCCUUUCCAAGGAGCAGAAGGCUGAGCUGCUGCGUAUCUGCUCUUCUGAGGACACUGAGUGUCUGCAAUACCAUCUGAGAGCUGCCUACGGGCAUGCACCAUCCGCCGGGUCCCUCCCUUCCUACGCCCACCUCGGAUGUGACCCAAAGAAAGACCCCAACUGCAAACCCAAACUGGUGCAGAAAGCGCCCUCUGGUGUCUACCUGCAGUACCCCAACUGUGAUCCACGUGAUCCCUUCUGUGCCUAUGCUGCCUCCCUUGCGCCCCGUGCCCCUAACCCCCCUGCCCCUGCUGGCCCUGGAUCCUGCAACCCUCUGUUUGAGGAUAACUGCAACCCUCUCACAGCCACCAGAUUUUCCACUCCCCCAGAGGCAUACACAAUUGAGGAAAAAGAGGAGGCUGCUGCCAUUCGUGCUGCCCCUUCAGAUGCUCAACAGUACAAUGACCCCUAUGCCAUGUUUAGAGAUGCUUAUACUAAUGCUAACAGACAGUACCCGUUUUCCCAACCCAACUAUGAGGAGCCUGCUCAAGAGGAGCGCCACCCUCUGGGUCCCCCAGGUAAAACCAAGGAAGGCUAUGACUGCUUCAUCGGCUACGAUCGUGAAUGCUACCCGGUGAAACCCACCGAGCCUCGCUCUGGAGCUCACCGCCGUGUUCCCUACCAGGCAGAGGCCUAUGAGCCCCAUGUGAAUGCUGAUGGCACCCGCAAUGGAGUCAUGGAGCCUUCCAACCCACACUGCGACCCCGAGUAUGACCGCGACUGCCGCCUGCGUCGUACCGAGACUCAGGCUGAGCAUCAUGCUGAGGAGGAUCACAACCAGGGGGCAGCAGAUAGUCAGCAGCAUCCAGAGCAGCAGGAACAGGAGCAGUAUGAGGCGGAGCCCUUCCAGAGUGGCCAGGAGGAGCCUCACAUGCCCUACCAGCCACUCUCACAGGGUAUGCCCAGCAUCCAGGACAUACUGAGGCGCUAUGGAGACCAGUUCCCUGAGCAUGGUGAUCAAAGAGCUUAUGGAGAUGACUACCGCAAGAAAUAA